AUGCCCAAGAAACCUGAUAAAUAUGGAUUAAAAUUUUGGUUAUGUGUUGAUGUAGAUUCAUAUUACGUAUUCAAUGCAUUUCCUUAUCUUGGACGACAACCGACGGAAAAAAGACAAACCCAAAUAGGUGCCAGAGUAGUUUUAGAAUUGCUCAAACCACUUUAUGGUUCAAGCAGAAAUGUUACAAUGGAUAAUGUUUUUACAACUGUUCCAUUAGCCAAAGAACUUCAAGCAAAAAGUUUAUCUCUUAUAGGAACAUUGCGAAAAAAUAAACCGGAAAUACCUAUAGAAUUCCAGUCAAGUAAAAAUCGCGAAGUUGGCUCUUCGUUGUUUGGUUUUCAGGAUGGUUUAACUAUAGUUUCAUUUGUACCUAAAUACAACAAGGCCGUGUUACUACUUUCAUCCAAACAUCAUGAUAGUCAAGUGGAUAAUCAAACUGGUAAACCAAUUAUUAUUUUGGAUUAUAAUAAAACAAAAGGAGCUGUUGACACAAUUGAUCAAUUAUGUCACAAAUAUACGGUGAAAAGAAGUACAAAGCGAUGGCCACUUUGUAUCUUUUUUGGAAUGAUAGACAUCGCUGCUAUAAACGCAAUGAUCAUCUGGAAAACAAAGAAUCCUCAAUGGAAUCAAAAUAUAAAACAUAAACGUCGAUUAUUUCUCGAAGAAUUAGGAAUGGCUUUAGUGUCGCAUCAGCUGGAUUUUCGCUCAAAAAAUUCAAAAUUUCUGAAUACAGAUAUUCAAAAUGCAUUAGCUAUCCUCAAAUAUGCCGGACGAGAUGUACUUGGUACACCAGCAGUAGCUAUUGGCGAAGUUCAUCAACAAGAAUGUGCUCAAAUUUUAAAACUUGCAUUUGACUAA